AUGGACUUCGUCAAGAAAGCAAUGGGCGGCAACGAGCAACAACAAGGCGAGGGCCAAAACCAAGCAACCACGCAAGGCGGCUCCUCUUCCAACCAAGAAAGCGGUGGUUUCCUCUCCGGAAUUGGUAACAAGGUGAACGAGGCUGCUGGUGGUGGGAAGGAGAGUGAGAAGAAUGAGGAUUACUUGGAUAAAGGUGUCGAUUUCGUGCAAGAGAAAUUCAUGGGUGCCGGACCCCAGGACAAUGAGUCUGCGGUUGAACAGGCCAAGGAUGAGCAGAUUAGUGAUUUCAUUCGGGGACAGUAUAAGAAUACCACUGGAAGUGACGUACCUAUCAAGGAUAAGGAGACGAGAUUUUAG